UUGACCGAAUGUGCACUACGGUUAACAUUUGCACGUUUGUAGCGCAACUCUGAUCUACAUCAAGUUGCCUCAUAGCGUCAGUGUCGGGCUUGAUCUCUAUUGGUAGAUGCCGUUAUCAGCUAACAGCAGGCAGGGUUGUUGCAAUUGCAUUAAAUGAGGAGCAUCUUAAGCCGGUGUCAUUGGAGCGGAGCGUGAAAAUAUGAAUUUAUGAGAUCAGUUCAUCGUCGUAUGGAGCCAUACUGUUGCAGAAAUGAAGAUCUGGAGCACGGAACACAUAUUCAGCUACCCUUGGGAAACUGUAAUCAAAGCAGCUAUGAGGAAAUAUCCCAAUCCAAUGAAUCCUAGUGUUGUUGGAGUGGAUGUCCUCGAUAGAAAUCUGGAUACAAAUGGACGUCUACACAGUCAUCGGCUACUGAGCACAGAGUGGGGCCUUCCAGGGAUUGUCAGAGCGAUUUUAGGGUCAAAUCGAACCAUCACAUAUGUAAAAGAACAUUCCAUCGUGGACCCAAAACAAAAGAAAAUGGAACUUUGCUCAACAAAUAUAACCCUAACAAAUUUUAUAUCUGUUGAUGAAAGGCUCGUCUACACACCUCAUCCAGAAAAUUCAGAAAUUACUGUAUUAACCCAAGAGGCGAUUAUCACCGUUAAAGGCGUCAGCCUUAGCAGCUACUUGGAAGGGUUAAUGGCUUUAACCAUGUCAGCUAAUGCAAGGAAGGGAUGGGAUGCCAUUGAGUGGAUCAUUCAAAACUCUGAAAGAGAAAAUUUGCCCUUGUGUGACCUCUGUUGAACAGUGAUGACGUUUUAUCCAGCAUCUGUUUUUUGAGCCCAUGAAUGAUGACCACAUGAUGUGGAAUGACAACAGUACACCAGCUCUGAAACCACAGCCUGACGUUAACCCAGUUUUUGUUGUGUUAAAGGCUGUCAAGGGAGUGCUCUUUUAUGCACUUGUCUUGCUGUGAAAAGGGGUUAAAAUCUCAUUAAAAUUGCACUAUUACAGAAAAAUACUGUAUAGAGUUAAAAACGUUGCUACAAAAUAUGUGUUAACUGCACUGACUACCUCUCGUUGAGUUAUUUUCAUGUGAUAACAGGAGACUCUGUAUCAAUUGGAUUUUAAAUUAUAAUGAAACUACUUAUAAACUACUGAUACCAGUAUCAAAGAAUGCUAUUUAAUUGACUUUAAUAUGUUCUAAAUCUGUAUAGUAUGAAUGAGAGGUCAACUUGUUGAAUUGAUUGAUUUUAUAUAAGUUUGUUUUAGAAAUGUCAGAUUUGCAUGAAUAGUCUUAAAGUAAAAUUAAAUAAAUUUUAGCAAAAACUUGUAGGAUGUGUACUGUCAAUAGAUUUUGUAGUAAAUUAAAGUUUAUGUGGCAUCAUAAUCCCUUGUUAUGAGACAAAAACUUUACAUGUAACAAAUUUGCAUUAAUUUAUGUUCAAAUAAAUUGUCAAGGCCUUACAGAGCCCCCUACUGUUGAGUGAGUGUAAAGAACAAUUAUUCACAAAGAGUUAUUUAAAUUGCACAUUUGAAGAAAGUCUGCAUAAGGUGCAAUUUUGUCAUCUUGUAAGAGUAACAGUGUAAAAAUUUUAUUUAUUAAAAUGUAUUAAAAUUAUUAUGGCCUUA